CUGCCGCCUUGGGGAUACUGGACCUGGAACUUUCAGGACCCGACUUAUUGACAACGAAAGAAUGGACCAGGAGCCCUGUAUGCGGUUAGACGGUAGCUCCGCCUGCACGUUCAGGGAUCACAAGGUACUUUCGAAUACAUUGGAUGACAAGCCGACAUAUCUUUUGCAGCGCCGUAAGUUGACGACACGAUACUUUAACUAUCCGGACUCGGCGAGCCGUCCAACAAGGAUAUCUUCGAGUAGAGUGACAUUCGAAAGGAAUAAAAGAAAAGAAAAGAAUAGAAACAACAAUUAGGCACAUAGAUAUGGACGAAGUCGACACUAUUGCUACUGGUCUCGCAUCUCCAUCGAAGCCGAUGCCGUACAUAUAUGGCGAUACAGACUUGUAUCUCGAUUCAUCAAACGCUUCGACAACCUCCAGUCCAAUGGAUCCGCCGUACGAUAUAACAUUUCAAGGGAUGUAUCCUAGUCCCGAACACACAGACGGAUCAGGGGAAGCGACGCAGUCCUCGCCACAACAGUCCACUAAGCCUGUGGCAAAAAGAAAACGCGAGAACAGAUACAAGAAUGCACCGCCAUCUGUCUUAUCUCGUCGAAGAGCUCAGAAUCGUGCAUCACAGCGGGCUUAUCGGGAACGAAAGGACCAGCGCAUCAAGGACCUCGAAAUUUUACUCGGCGAAGCUCAGAAAAAGAACGACGUCCUCAGCCAGGCCUAUUCCAGCUUGCAAGCAGAGUAUGUCAGGCUCAAGCGCGAGCAAGAGGCGGUCGAUCACUACCAACAAGGCAGUCUAGUAUAUGACCCAACCAUCUCGGCAUCAGGAGAUAUGGACCUAUUCCUCUACAACAAUAGUUCAUCAAGUUAUUCCAUGUAAGGUAGUGAGAAGACCGGUUUAUUCCGAUUGAGCAGAUGCUUCUUAACCCUUGGGCUUGGAGCAAUCAAAGAACCCACGCGCUUCGCCUGGACCGACCCGAUCAUCGUUUCCGAAUAAUCCCUGACGAUUAAGGCGGAAUUUGACCAGUGAAAUAGACGGCCAACAUCAGCGCCCGGCUCGCUGGAGGGUUGCUCGAUGAUGUAAAGACCCAAUGUCGAUAAAGGUCUAUGUACCUGAUUGAUGAGAAUAUCAGAUAUGGGUCAUGACCCUCCUUGUGAGCAGAUGAGGAAUGCACUAUUCCAAAAUUCUGCGCAACCUCAUUUAUCUAUAAUUGACGUUUUCGGGCUACUAUAGGUAGCUUCGUAUGGGGUUGGAUCAAAAUUAAAAGCUUGUUUUAAGAAGCGUAUGAAGAAAGAUAUGGCUUGACUGUGGUUACACGCCUAACCAAUGGCGAUUUCUAUGCCAGAUAGGGGUCGAAAGGAGAGAGCACCGAGUUUCGUCAUCAUAUAGGAAACCUUACUGAAUAGAAUUCCUGCCAAUCAGGGCAAGGUUAUCAUGUUGUUUCUGCUUUUGCGCUGCUCUGCAAUGGUCCUCGCCUUCGAAGAUGAAUGACGAAGAUUAAAUCCAUGCCCAUCGACAGAGCAUGCUUCUAUUCUCCUGACUCGGCAUCGACGGACCUACGAGAAGGUACAGGUCCGGUG